AUGGCCCCCGCAAACACUCUUCCCGCCUGGUCGGAGCUCCAGGCUCACCGUGACGACGUCGCCAAGAACUUCGUCCUCAAGGAGGCCUUUGCCUCUGACGCCGACCGCUUCAACAAAUUCUCCCGCACCUUCAAGGCUGACGGCUCAGCCGACAUUCUCUUCGACUUCAGCAAGAACUUCCUGACCAAUGAGACUCUGGACCUGCUCGUCAAGCUCGCCGAGCAGGCUGGCGUCGAGAGGAAGCGAGAUGCCAUGUUCCGCGGUGACAAGAUCAACUUCACCGAGAACCGUGCCGUCUACCACACCGCGCUGCGAAACGUUGGCGGCUGGGAGAUGCAGGUUGAGGGCCAGGAUGUCAUGAACGGCCCUACUGGUGUCAACGGCGUCCUGGCACACAUGAAGGAGUUUUCUGAAAAGGUCCGAAGCGGCGAGUGGGUUGGCUUCACCGGCAAGAAGCUGACCAACAUCAUCAACGUUGGCAUUGGUGGCUCUGAUCUCGGCCCCGUCAUGGUGACUGAGGCUCUCAAGCACUACGGCGCUCCCGACAUGACCCUCCACUUCGUCUCCAACAUUGACGGAACUCACAUGGCCGAGGCUCUCAAGGCCUCUGACCCCGAGACCACCCUCUUCCUCAUUGCCUCCAAGACCUUCACCACCGCAGAGACCAUCACAAACGCCAACACUGCCAAGUCAUGGUUCGUCGAGAAGACUGGCGGCAAGGGAGAUGUUGCCAAGCACUUUGUUGCACUGUCCACCAACGAGGCCGAGGUCACCAAGUUUGGCAUUGACAGCGCCAACAUGUUUGGCUUCGAGAGCUGGGUUGGCGGCCGGUACUCCGUCUGGAGUGCCAUUGGCUUGAGCGUUGCCCUCUACGUUGGCUACGACAACUUCCACAAGUUCCUUGCUGGUGCUCACGCCAUGGACAAGCACUUCCGCGAGACUCCCCUGAGGGAGAACAUUCCCGUCAUUGGUGGUCUGCUUGGCGUCUGGUACGGCGACUUUUUCCAGGCCCAGACUCGCCUGGUUGCUCCCUUUGACCAAUACCUCCACCGGUUCGCCGCCUACCUCCAGCAGCUGUCCAUGGAGUCCAACGGCAAGGCCAUUACCUCUGACGGAUCCAGCGCCAAGUACACCACUGGCUCCAUUCUGUUUGGUGAGCCCUGCACCAACGCCCAGCACUCCUUCUUCCAGCUUGUCCACCAGGGCACCAAGCUCAUCCCCGCCGACUUCAUCCUGGCUGCCAAGUCUCACAACCCUAUCCACGACAACCUGCACCAGAAGAUGCUUGCCUCCAACUACUUUGCUCAGGCUGAGGCUCUGAUGGUUGGCAAGACGGACGACCAGCUGAGGGCUGAGGGCACCCCUGAGGAGCUCAUCCCCCACAAGCGCUUCCUCGGCAACCGCCCGACGACAUCCAUCCUCGUCGGCGACGUCAUCGGCCCUGCUGAGCUGGGUGCCCUCAUCGUCUACUACGAGCACCUGACUUUUGUCGAGGGCGCCGUCUGGGACAUCAACAGCUUCGACCAGUGGGGUGUCGAGCUGGGCAAAGUCCUGGCCAAGAAGAUCCUCAAGGAGCUCGACGAGCCCGGCAACGGCUCGGGCCACGACGCCUCGACCGGCGGCCUCAUUGGAGCCUUCAAGUCGUUCUCCAAGAUCUAA